UUCUGGCUGUAGUUAACUCUCUCUAGGCCUAACAAACAAAAACUAUUACAGAUUAAAGUAAACAGAAUUUGUAAAGCGUUGAGCUGGACACAGAAAAUGCUGGACCAAAAAUGUAAUAUUCUAAAAGACGACACAAUGAAGAUGGAACUGAAUUAAAGAAAAGCUUCCAACAAAGAAUGCAAAUCAUCACUGAACACGUGGGCCACAACGUCUGAGGAACAUAAUUUUCUUCUUGAAAGGCAAUUUAUCGUCAGUUCAACAUGACAGACUAUGAAGUGUCUGUUCAACAGCUCAAUGAUCUGUUGACGGAUGAAAACGGAGAGUUCUGUAUGCCCUCCAAAAAUUGCAAUGAAGUCUAUCCCGGGAUAAUCCUAGGAAAUGAGUCUGUAGCCACAAAUGUAACACGUUUGCAACAACUGGGAGUGACACACAUUCUGAAUGCUGCAGAGGGCCAAUCAGACAUGCAUGUGAACACAGAUGCAGAGUUCUAUGCAGAAACAGGGAUCAUCUAUCAUGGAAUACCAGCCUUUGACACUGACCAUUUUGACCUCAGCGCAUAUUUUGAAGAGGCGUCUAAUUUCAUUUCAAGGGCCUUGUCAGUGAAAGGUAAGGUGUAUGUACACUGUCAGAAAGGUUAUAGCCGUUCGGCUGCACUAGUCAUUGCAUACCUGAUGCUGCAUCACAGGAUGGAUGUACGUGCAGCUCUGGCAACAGUGAGAGAGAAACGUGAAAUUGGACCCAAUGAUGGAUUUCUGCGUCAGCUUUGCCAGCUAAACGACAGACUGGAAGGUGAAGGAAAGCUGUCUCAGCAUUAAACAUGUCUGCUUUUUUAUCCCAAUUCAUCUGUGUUUGCAGUUAGUGGGAUUAAACAGUGCUUUUUUGAGUAUUUGUAUUACUGAGCUGUGUAUGUUUGUAUGUAUGCGUAUGUCAUUCAGUCUCUAUCUGGGGUCAUAUUACAGAAACAUCCCAUCUAUAAUUCUCUCUUAUCUGUUUAGUUACCAUGGUGACUUUAGAAUCCUAAUUUGAAUUUGUCAGAUUAAGACUGAAGAUAGGGAAGUUUCUGUAAUACAGCCCGUUUCACUGCAACAAUGGGGUGCUGUCAG